UGGUACAUAGAGGGGCAUUUUGGUAAAUUUCGUGUAGAACGACUUGAGAAAGUCGUCUCAUAAGAGACUAUUUCCGAGGAAGGAAGACGAUGAUACACAGAUACAGAUUCAGGCAGUGAUGGGGAAAAAUCGGCGCGUCGUUUCUACAGGAAAAGGUGGAGGAGGGAUCGUCUCUCGUUCUUCACCGUUCGAUUCCUUGCCGGAGGAUUGCAUCUCCAACAUAAUCUCCUUCACAAGUCCGAGGGAAGCGUGCGUCGUCGCCUCGGUUUCGAAAACAUCUAAAUCGGCGGCCAAGUCGGAUAUCGUAUGGGAGAAGUUUCUGCCGCGGGAGUAUCCAUCUCUGAUUCCUCCAUCGCGAGUUUUCACAUCGAAGAUGGAGCUCUAUUUCGCUUUAUGCGACGAUCCUGUUCUAAUCGAUGACGGCUUAAAGAGCUUCUGGUUAGAGAAAGCGAGUGGGAAGAAGUGUAUCAUGUUAUCUGCGAUGAGCCUCUCAGUUACAUGGGGAGAUGAUCCACGGUAUUGGCUAUGGGAUCCAAGUCCUGGAGCUAGGUUUGAAAAAGUACUAGAGCUCAUCGAUGUAUGCUGGUUCGAGAUUUGUGGCAGGGUGAAUACUCGUGCCCUUUCUCCAGGAACUCGAUACUCGGCUUACGUCGUGUUCAAGAAAGCGGAUCAUAGUUACGGCUUUGAAGGCGUGGCCAUAGAAGCUGGAGUUGGAGUGGUUGGACAGGAAGCUUCUACAAGAUUCAUAUGCUUUGAUGCAGGUGCGGGUGGACGGGAAGCUUCUACAAGGAGGAGGAGGCGAAGGAGGAACAUUGUCAAACCAGAGGAGAGGGGAGAUGGGUGGAUGGAGAUAGAGCUUGGGGGGUUCUUCAGUGGAGGAGGCGUAUGUGAUGAAAUUGAGAUGAGUGCUUUAGAGACUAAGCGUCUCCAUUGGAAGAGUGGCUUGAUCAUUCUGGGAAUUGAAAUCCGACCUGCGAGAAUCGUCUGAAAGUGGUGCCGAGAACCAGUGGUUGAUGGAUCAUGGCCGCUCAUCUAUUGGUCUCGUCAUUGUUGAGCUCCGACUUUGUUCUUUGAAGUUCCUGCUGCUGUUAAAGAGUGGUUCGAUGGCUCGGGUUAUGUUUUGGUUUGAGUCGAAAUUUGUAUACUUUGAUGUAACCCAGGAAUCGAAGUUGUGGAUUUGUAAUGUUUCUGAAUCUGGAUUUUUGAUUUUAAUUUUGUCAUCAAUCUCACUGACAAACAAUUUUAAUGAAGAGAAAACAGUGUUUCUAUUUACCAUUUGCAAUAAUUUUGUAGACAUUUUAUUACAAUCAAAU